AUGGAUGCCUCCAUUGAAAAAUGUUCUAUCAGUGUUUAUACUUCAAAUUGCUGUUUUUAUUCGCCUUUGCAUCCAUCAGAAAAAAAUUUGAUUAGAUUAAAAGACUGUAAGAGAGGUAUUGUUACACAUCUGUUGAAAAAUGGGAUUCGAUCUGGCAUGAAAGGAGAGGCUGAUGUGUUCAGUGAAGCAGACCUAAUAUGUAAGCGUGUGGGACUUUUCACUAUGGAGGAAACAUUUACGGUAUGUCCCUAUCACAGAGACUUUCUUGGUGUACAUUGGCGCGCCAAGACCACUUGUCAGUAUCCUAACCACCAGGGAAAUGCCAAGCCGUAUCGGAGCUUCAACUCUCUUAUGUCUAAGCGGAUGGUUUCCGAGUUUGGAACUUUAGUACCUAUAGGUUCUGGAAUAUGUAGAAAAUGUCAUGGAGAUUAUUUGAAGCUUCCUUCAUCAAUUGGAGAGUAUUUAAAGCCCGUGUAA